AUGGCCUACACACAGACCCUCAGUCCCCAGCCCCUACACCAGCAGUACCAUCCUCCCAGUACCGCCUCCACACCCCCCAUGCAACGCCGCCAGGCUACCAAGCAGAGAUUCGUAGCAGAGCUAUCCCAAUGUCUCUUCGACUUCGUAAUCCAGCUCCUUCCGACUCAGGAGGAAAUGGCCGUCAAGGAGGAUGUCCGCAAGCUGCUUGAGCGCCUCAUCCGUACCAUAGAACCCGACAGCCGGCUACUGUCGUUCGGGAGCACCGCCAAUGGUUUCAGUCUACGGAAUUCCGACAUGGAUCUAUGCUGUCUAAUCGACUCUGAAGAGCGCCUCUCAGCGACCGAUCUCGUAACCAUGUUGGGCGACCUUUUGGAACGAGAAACAAAAUUCCACGUCAAGCCCCUACCCCACGCCCGCAUACCUAUCGUCAAGCUAUCCCUCGAUCCAUCGCCCGGACUUCCGUUGGGGAUCGCCUGUGACAUAGGCUUCGAAAAUAGAUUGGCGUUAGAGAAUACACGCCUUCUCAUGUGCUAUGCCAUGAUUGACCCGACUCGUGUUCGGACAAUGGUUCUCUUCCUUAAAGUUUGGAGCAAAAGAAGAAAAAUCAACUCCCCCUAUAAGGGCACUCUUUCAUCUUACGGCUAUGUUCUUUUAGUAAUUUAUUUCCUCGUCCAUGUCAAAAAUCCUCCGGUUCUACCUAAUCUACAACAAAUGCCACCAUUACGUCCAAUAUCAAAGGAGGACACUCAUCUUAACGGACAUAAUAUAUGGUUUUUCGAUGACAUCGAUCUAUUGCGCCAACGAUGGCAUUCCGAAAAUGUUGACACUGUAGCUGAAUUAUUAAUAGACUUCUUCCGAUAUUAUUCCCGAGAUUUUACAUACAACACAGGAGUUGCCUCAAUACGCGCAGGAUUGCUGAAAAAGGAAUCCAAAGGCUGGCAGAAUGAGCUUUCAGCAAGCCGGUAUAACGAUGCUAGAGAGCGGAAUCGGCUCUGCAUAGAGGAUCCUUUCGAGAUCGACUACAAUGUUGCAAGAUGUGUCACCAAGGACGGCCUAUAUACAAUACGUGGGGAAUUUAUGCGUGCAGCUCGCAUCCUCGCCUCUCGCCCUGAUCGGGCAAUUGUCGCUCUGGCAGAACUCUGUGAAGAGAGAAAAGACGAAGAACUCGUUGUCGCUCCCCCGUAUCAUUCAAGGCCUCCUACUCUGCCACCUCAAACUCCUUAUACCGUUGGUAGCCAGACUUUCCGAACAAAGGUUGCCGAGCGAUUCUCUCCGCCUGCUCAGUUCUUUGAGCCUGGGCCCCGUCAAGUUGUUCAGCCGGUUACCCUUCGCCCGCCGCCUGAACAUAUGGCACCGAAACGUGGCAAAUGGACAAGUCCUCCUCCUCCUGAUGCAUCCUCUGCCGAUCAUACCCUCUUCGAGAACCAACUGGGCAUGGGACUCCAACUGGCGACCUCUUCGACAGAGGCUAGGGAGAAAGAUGAUCCUUACAAUUCCUCCGAAAGUAACAGCGAGGUCUUCACUGAUGAAGGAUCGGAUAUUGCGGAAGACGAUAUCAAAUCUGUUAGGUCGUACACAGAAGGCACUACCAGUUAUAUACCAGGUUCUAUGCGCAGACCUUCAUGGCAUACCCAUGACACCGCACGCGCAGCACCACCCGUCGACGCCUUCUCAUCUCCUGGUUUAUCAUCCAGGUCAUCAUCUAUCAAUCGAGGCCGAUUUUCUCGCCCUGUUGAAAAAUUUGAUUCGUCUCCGCCCAUUGCUAGCUUCUCCCCUGACUUCAGUUCAUCGUCAUCUCGGACGGACUUGAGUCGACGGUCCUUUUCUGCCAGGCCUCUCAAAGGUCCAGUUUUAUCUUCCAACACACCAUUAGCUAUCGCCACGCCUCUUCCACCGUCUCCAGCAUCCCCUGUCGACUCACGAUUUUCCGAUUCAUCCAAUGUAUUUUAUCAAACGACCAACACGAGAUCUCCACGGCCCACCGCUCUAUACCCCAAUCACGGAACCCAUUCCUCUCUCCUGUCCCAUUAUCAGACUCAAACAGGAUACGUUAAUCAAGUCCCUCAUGAUAUUUUCCCAUCACAUCUUCCACCUUCGUUAUCAUCAUCUAUGAACCCCCGUGCCAGUAAUACGCCUGGCGCUGGAAACAGGUCCUCCGGCGGACCUGAUACACCAACCCCGAUGAGCUAUACGACGUUGCACAAACACUCGCUGUCUAGUACGACUGUCACUGCCCUCACGCCUCCCCCGUCUACGUCCAAGUUUACUGUCCAUUCGAAUUCACAUUCUUCCCAGCAUGCCAAUUCUCCGCUGACACCGUCGCAUGACGGAAAGUUCACCCAACAGCAUGCUGAAGCGAGUUUAGCGAGUAACGAAAACGACAGCAAUAGCAAACAUCAUGCUAUACCCAGUCCAAGCCCCGGUAAUGGUAGGCCACAGCACGAGGGUGGAUCGUUAUCUCCAAUGCCCUCUGCAGCGCGGACGUCUACGUCCACUUCUACAGGUAGCUCUCCAUCACCGUCAUCCUCUACCGGUUAUUCUACAUCUAUAUCACGCUCGCCGUCGCCACAUUCCCCGCCACCACCGCCAACAGCUGUACCGCCUACGGUGCGGAAAGGAGACGACGAAGAGCACCGCCAGUCGCCUACUGCGUCCUCGUUUGCGACUUCGUUUUCUGCCCUAACUCUCGGUGGAGAUGUGGGGAAUGUAGCGCUUGAAACGGGCCACCUCAUGGUUGGGCUUAACCCUGCAGAAGAAAAAGAAAGUUAG